CAGAGACCUUUCUGCUGCCCCCAGUGCGGGAAGGGCUUCGGGAAGAACUCCACGCUCGUCGCCCACCUGAGGAUCCACAGCGGGGAGAGACCCUUCAAGUGCGAGGAGUGCGGGAAGAGGUUCAGGAUGAGCUCCAACCUGGUCUCCCACCAGAGGAGCCACAACAGGGAGAGACCCUAUGAGUGUGAGAAAUGCUCCAGGAGGUUCCAGAGCAGCUUCAGGCUCCUCCAGCACCAGCAGGUCCACAGCGAGGAGAGACCCCACGAGUGCCCCGAGUGCGGGAAGGGCUUCAGGAAGAAAUCCCAGCUCGUGGCCCACCGGCAGAUCCACAGCGAGGAGAGACCCCACGAGUGCCCCGAGUGCGGGAAGGGCUUCAGGAGGAUCUACACGCUGGUGUCCCACCUGCGGAUCCACACGGGGGAGAGGCCCUACGAGUGCGAGAAAUGCCACAAGAGGUUCCAGAGCAGCUCUCACCUGGUCCGGCACCAGACGAUCCACACGGGGGAGAGGCCCUUCCGCUGCCCCGAGUGCGGGAAGCGCUUCAACCGCAACUCCAACCUCACGGCCCACCGGCGCAUCCACAGCGGGGAGAGGCCCUUCAGGUGCGAGAAGUGCCCCAGGAGGUUCUGCACCAGCACCACGCUGCUCCGGCACCGCUGGAUCCACGCGGGCGAGUGGCCCUUCCGCUGCCGCGACUGCGGGAAGGGGUUCAGGAGCGGCGCCCACCUGGCGAGGCACCGGAGGAUCCACAGCGGGGAGAAACCCUACGAGUGUCCCCAGUGCGGGAAGGGAUUCGCGCAGAGCUCCAACAUGAGCCGGCACCGGCGGAGCCACGAGGGAGGGGAGAGCUGCGUCCCCCGUGGUGAUUCCCGGUGAUCCGUGGUGAUCCCUGGUGAUUCCCGGUGAUCCUGGGUGAAUCCGUGGUGGUUCCCGGUGAUCCCUGGUGAUCCGUGGUGAUCCCUGGUGAGCCCCAGUGAUCCGUGGAGAUCCACGGAUGAGCCCUGCAGAUGAGCCCCGGUGAUCCGUGGUGAUUCCCGGUGAUCCUGGGUGAAUCCAUGGUGAUUCCCGGUGAUCUGUGGUGGUUCCUGGGUGAUCCGUGGUGAUCCCCGGUGAUCCGUGAUGAUCCCCGGUGAUCCCUGCCGGGAACUCUCCUGCCCGGGGGUCUCCGGUUCCCCGGGGCCUGCGUUUCCUUCCCGCUGCUCUUUGUGCUUCCAACACCGGGUUGGCAAUAAAGGCGUGGAAUUUA